UUUCGUGUCAUUGUGAAUUUAGUGGGGGACGCCAUUAGAUCAACUGUUAUUGUUAUUCAGAUCAUUUUAAGGUUUUUGUUGGGAGUCUGUGAUAGUUUAUUACUAGCUGAUUGACAACUAGUAACGUUACUUGUCUUGUAGCUAAGGUGAAGAUAUGAAGCGAUUCAGAACAGCAUCAACGACACGAACCUAGAAUGGAAUCCUUUAUGGCUAACUUCAGCGAGAGGAGUGAAGUGGAACGGGAGUGGCUGCGGGAGCUAUUCGUGUUCGUGAGGGACAAUCUGUACCCGGUUCUCGGUCCAACCACCGGUAGUGUUUCCCCGGAACAGCUCUCGCUAGCCGUGGUAUGGAGAGUGGAACGGGCGGUGGGCUCCUCGUGCGCCCGGUCUCUGCCGCUCAGUUACAGGCUCAUCUCCAUUUCCGAGCUGGUUACCAGGCAACGCACACCCUGCUGUAGCAAUUUGACCUGGAGCACCACUCAGCACAGAGAAUGGGUCCGGGAGGCGGAGCAGGCUCUGCCCAAUCACAAGGCUCUGCCGCGUGCCAACCUGUUGCUGAUAGGCUGUCUCAGUGAUGGGCGUGGCCCAGAGAGGUCAGGUGACGGAGCGUGGCGUGUGAGGGACGCCACCAGGACCGUGCACUGUGAGCUACUGAGCCCCUCCCCUCUCUGGCUGGGCCUGCCCCUUCUCUUCCCCUGCUGGAACUACAUUCCCCAGCCUGCACCGGGGAAGGACCAGGAAGUGGAGGAGAGGGGCUACCUGGAGCUGGUUGGAUGUCCCCUACCCCUGACCUCUGACCCUGAGAUGACCUUUAACCCUGCAGGGGUCAACCUGAAGAGAGCUGUGGGGGUUAGAGAAGCUGCAGGACUGAUACAGCACAGGGUGCGAGGCCUGCGUGUGAAAGUGUAUGGGGAGGUUUCUGGAGUAUACCCUCUACUGAACAUCGCAGGGAAGGCCUUCUUCUGUCUCCGUUUGAGAGAGGGACAACACACACUACCAUUACUGGUCACGGAGCCGUGCUGUCUGUGGUGGCAGCGAUGUGUGUGUGUGGGAGGGAGGGUGUGUGUGUCGGGGCUGCGUGUGUGUGCACUGCGUGGCUGGUCUGGAAACAGGGUUCUGUGUGUGACGAGUCAGUCCUCUCUCAGCUUGCUACCUGACACACUGAUCCAGGACAUGUCUGAUUCACCCACACUGGACAUGCACACCCCAGAUGUAGACUCACAAACUCUGGGGGUAGAUGGGCAGCUGUCUGACAGCAGUAGGACUGGGUCUCAUCUCCCAGACAGAGAGAGACAGGUAGCUGGACAGCUGUCUGACAGCAGUAGGACUGGGUCUCAUCUCCCAGACAGAGAGAGACAGGUAGAUGGACAGCUGUCUGACAGCAGGAGGACUGGGUCUCAUCUCCCAGACAGAGAGAGACAGGUAGCUGGACAGCUGUCUGACAGCAGGAGGACUGGGUCUCAUCUCCCAGACAGAGAGAGACAGGUAGAUGGACAGCUGUCUGACAGCAGUAGGACUGGGUCUCAUCUCCCAGACAGAGAGAGACAGGUAGCUGGACAGCUGUCUGACAGCAGGAGGACUGGGUCUCAUCUCCCAGACAGAGAGAGACAGGUAGCUGGACAGCUGUCUGACAGCAGUAGGACUGGGUCUCAUCUCCCAGACAGAGAGAGACAGGUAGCUGGACAGCUGUCUGACAUCAGGAGGACUGGGUCUCAUCUCCCAGACAGAGAGAGACAGGUAGCUGGACAGCUGUCUGACAGCAGUAGGACUGGGUCUCAUCUCCCAGACAGAGAGAGACAGGUAGAUGGACAGCUGUCUGACAGCAGUAGGACUGGGUCUCAUCUCCCAGACAGAGAGAGACAGGUAGCUGGACAGCUGUCUGACAGCAGUAGGACUGGGUCUCAUCUCCCAGACAGAGAGAGACAGGUAGAUGGACAGCUGUCUGACAACAGGAGGACUGGGUCUCAUCUCCCAGACAGAGAGAGACAGGUAGCUGGACAGCUGUCUGACAGCAGUAGGACUGGGUCUCAUCUCCCAGACAGAGAGAGACAGGUAGCUGGACAGCUGUCUGACAGCAGGAGGACUGGGUCUCAUCUCCCAGACAGAGAGAGACAGGUAGAUGGACAGCUGUCUGACAGCAGUAGGACUGGGUCUCAUCUCCCAGACAGAGAGAGACAGGUAGCUGGACAGCUGUCUGACAGCAGUAGGACUGGGUCUCAUCUCCCAGACAGAGAGAGACGGGUAGCUGGGACGGACACAGACCUGAGGACCAAACACUCUAAAGUAAUCAGCUACAAGGGUGUACUGACCAGUGUGCUGAGUGCGGCAGCAGGGCUCUAUGUGAUUGACGGGAAGGUGGGCCUGUGUUUGGCCUAUCAGCCGCUGCGGAGGUGUGGCCUGCGUCCGGGGGCGGAGGUAGAACUCCAUGAUGUCCAUUUCCUGUACCGCCCCUCUCCCCACUCCCUACCGAGCAUGCUCUGUGUGUGUCUACGCUCCAGUCUGCGUGUCACUUCCUUUAGCCGCCUGGGGUCAGAGGUCGACGGCCCUAGCGACGCCUCGCUGCCACGGCUACUGCUGGAGAGGAAUCUGGGUGUGUCUCAGUACCUGUGGCUCUGUCACUGCUGCGGAGCUCUAAGAGACAGACUGGUCCCUCACUGGGUGAAAGAGGAACGCGUGUGUGUGGUGGCCAGGAGGCUGCUUGACUGUGUGGUAACGUCGGAGAAGGGAGGAGGAGGAGGGGGGAUGAGGGACAUCUACAGAGAGAUGCUCCAGGAGCCGCACCACUGUCCCCUCACUGAGUACUGUGGUAGUUCUCCAGUGUGUGAGUACGUGUCAGUGUCAGAAUGUGUGUGUGUUAUGGAGAGAGAGUGCUGGUCGUCCCUGUCUCUCCCCUCUCUCCUCCCAGCCUGUGGUAGUUCCCUGACUCAGGCUCAGUUGAACCCAUCUGUAGCCUGGUCCGUAGGCCUCUCUCUGGGGCAGGACAGUCAGCCACGGCCCCUGCUGCUGGUCGGAGUGCUGGAGCUCCCCGGAACACACACACCCUCACACACACUCCGCCUGAGAGACCGGACCGGCGCCGUGACCUGUGUUGCCGUGGAGACCGGCGAUGACAACUCGGGUGGUCAGAGAGCUGCCAACAACACUGCUUGGAUAGGUUGCUUGGUGUGUGUGCAGAGGUUCACCAUGGUGAUGGAGAGAUUCCUCCAAUCAGAGUUCCCUUCAUACAGACACCUGGACCAGGACAGACACAUCACACACAGACACAGCAGGGUGUACAUCCAGCUGUGUCUGGACGACCUCCAGAUCCUCCUCCCCUCUGCUGCCAUGGCAUCACUCCUCCUCACAGAAAACAACCCAACCAGACAGGGAGGAGAGAAGGAGGAGAGGAGAGAGGAGAGAGAGGAGAGGAGAGAGGAGAGAGAGGGAGGAGACGAGGAGAGUUCUGAGAAGAAGAAGAGGAGCAGAGAAGAAGAGAGGAGAGAGGAGAGAGAGGGAGGGGCCAAGAGAACACGACAAGACCACAGAGAGAACGAGACUUGCCCCAAACCACCCGUUACUAUAGAAAUGCCAGGAGGAGGAGGAGCCUCAUUGCCUGGUGACCGGCCCUGUGUCUCCGUGGCGAUGUGUGUGGAAGGAAAGGAGGGUGUGGCCUGGCGGAACGAGGGGAUUGCCUGUGAGGGAGAAGAAGCGGGGUUAUCUCUGUGUUUCUCUGUGAGGGCUGAUCUCAUUGGUCAGAUUCAGCGGUGGGGGCGGGACCCCAGGAACAGUCCAUUACAGGAGAGAGAGACAGACGGACAGACCACAACGGUAGAGCUGUUGUUUGUGAGGUCAUCAGUACGCUGGUUUCCUCUGAUCCAGGCUGGAUCCUUCUACAGACUCAUCGUUCCUAGCACCCAGGAUCCCAGUGUUCUGAUUGGCUGUCGUGUUGCUGGGAGGAGUGGUGUAGAGCUCCAUACUAACCCCUCCCUCCUGGUGCGCUCUGAUUGGAGGAUCCACACCCUGACCCACCCACUCCUGACCACACCCUACUCCCAGGUCGUUCCUCAGAAGGUCAUGUCUGUGACUGAGGUCCUGGACUGCAGCAGUGGGGUGGAUCUGGUGUCGUUCCAUGGAGUCAUCUCUCAGAGGAUCAAUCUGCAGAGAGGAACAGCCACACACACUCCUACACAUAGAGACGUGGAGGCAGGGCUGACUGUGAGGUUGACGGUGUGUGUAGAGACCAGAGGGCGGAGCCUUCAGGUGUAUGUGGACCUAAGCCGCACCCCCUACCCCCCCGGCCUGGUACCUGGAAACACCGUCCUGUUUACCAGCUUCCAACGCAAGCUGUCACGGGUCGGAGGUGUGUAUUGUCGUUCUGUCCCACUCAGCUGUUUGACCGUCACGGCCCUGGGAACGACUGACACCCAGUCAUGUGACUCUCCUCCUCCCAUGGUCCUCCUGGGUGUGUGGUCAUUGGCAGGGGCAGAGCAGUGCAUGGUGGGCCAGGUCAGAGGUCACGUGGUCUGUGUUCUCUACCUGCAGCUGCAGUGGACUUGCUCUCUGUGUGGAAGCAUAUACAAACAGGAGAGGUGUACUAGGUCUCAGCCUUCGUGUAAUUCUACCUCUGCUGUGUUCCAGGCCGAAGCCAAGGCAGCUGUAGAGGAUGGUAGUGGAGAGGCCCAUAUAUGGUUCUCCUAUCCAGUGAUUUCCGGUCUACUGGGGUUAGCCAUGCCCCAGUGGGAGGGGCUACAGAGGUCACUGAGGGUCAGAGGUCACCUCAGGGUCUACACACGUGGGCGGAGCCUGGUGUCUGAUGUGGGCCCUGACGACCCUCUCCUCCAGUACCUGUCCUGUGUCUGUAGCAGCAGCACUGUGUGUCGGCCCCUUACUCUCACCUGCACGCUACGGACACGCUCACAUACACCUGCUGCACACAGAGAGGCAGACUCUGCCCAGCUGAAGAGGUUUACCCGAGGAGACAGAGAGUUUGUGACCCGGAUGCCCCCCCCUCUCCAACUCACCUGUACACACAUCCUGGAGGAGAGAUAGCGGGAGAGAGGGAGAGAGG